CUCCUCCUCCUCCUCUUCUUUGUCUUCAUCCUCCAGAAUCGAAGCUGCUGCUCUCUGCAUGUCAGUGGGACACCUGUGUUUGGAUGCAUCAGCAGAUCUGAUCAGUCCAAGCAUGAGGGGAAGAAUGAGUCUUCUGUUGGGCCUCAUCGUAGCAGUGUGUUCCUGUGGCGUGGCUGCUGAAGCACCAGAGUGUAAAUAUGCCACGGUGGCCGACAUCGUCUUCCUGGUCGACGGCUCCAGCAGCAUCGGCUCUUACAGCUUUCAAGCGGUCCGAAAUUUUCUCAGAAACAUCAUCAAUGCCCUCGACAUCGGUCCUGACAAAGUUCAAAUCGGAUUGGCGCAGUUCAGUGAAAACCCACACCAGGAGUUUCUUCUAAAGGAUCACAUGGACAAGGAUUCCCUGCUGGCCGCCGUGGAACGCAUUCCCUACCGAAUGGGAGGCACAGAAACCGGCAAGGCCAUAGACUUCCUGGUGACGCAGUACUUCACUGAAGCGGCGGGGAGCAGAGCCAAGCAACAUGUGCCUCAGAUCGCUGUGGUCAUCACCGACGGGGAAUCAGCUGAUGACGUGAUGGUACCGGCCCGUAACCUGAGGAAGCACGGAGUCAUUGUGUUCGCCAUUGGAGUGGGACAAGCCAAUGUGAAGGAACUUGAGUCCAUCGCUAACUACCCUCCAGAUCUCUACCUUCUUCAGACCUACAGCUACCAGUCUCUGCAGAAGCUGAAGGACUCUGUGCUUAAAAAAGUGUGCACCUCAGUGGGAGCUCAUAGUCAAGCUUUUACAGGAGUGUUUGCAGAUAUCGUCUUCUUGAUCGACAGCGGCAUAGCUCCAGGAGAGUUCAAUCAAUUCAGGUCUGAACUUCCUCAAUUGAUAAAGAAACUCGAUGUUGGAGCGUCUGCCAACAGAAUCGGUUUGGCCCAGUAUGGCAGAGAUUUCAAUGUGGAAUUCCUUCUCAAUGCUUUUGAAACCAAAAAAGACACCCUGGCGGCUGUCCAAAAGCUUCGCCUGCGUCGAAGACCCAACCAACCACGUAACCUGGGCAGCGCUCUGCAGAGUGCCAACUCAAAGUUUUUCAACAGAGAGGCAGGGGGCCGUGCACACCAAGGCUACCAACAGUUCCUGGUUGUUGUAACUGGAAAAGAAUCAGCUGAUCCUGUGUCAAGGACGGCUCGCAUGAUCCAGGCAGAGGGGAUAACAAUCAUUGGGAUGGCUGCAGGUGCAUCAUCAGAUGCAAUACAGUCAUUUGCAAGUCCUGGCUACUCAUUUAGUUCUCCCAAAGUGAGUUUGUUGGAUGCCGUUUUCCAGUCUGAGAGAGAGGACACUACUGCAGAGUGCAGAGGAGCCAACGUGGCCGACCUUGUGUUCAUCAUCCAUGAGUCAGAAAGCAUUGGCCCUGAGAACUUCCAGCUGGUGCGAAACUUCCUUCACUCAGUAGUGAGCAGCCUGGAAGUCAGCCCAGUUAACGUCCGUGUGGGCAUCGUUACAUACAACGAGAGCCCGAGAGCUCAGGUGUACCUCGACACGUUGCAGGACAAAGCUGAACUCCUGCAGUUCAUCAAACUUCUACCUUACUACAGAGGCCUCAACGUACUCCAACAGGCCAACACUGGAGCGGCUCUUAACUUCACCCGAGAGCAAGUGUUCAUCAAGGAAAGGGGCCGCAGGAAAGGUGUCCAGCAGGUGGCGAUGGUGAUCACUAAUGGUGGUUCCAAUGAUGCUGUGAGGGAAGCAGCGAUCACGCUCCGUAAAGCUGGUGUCACGAUUUACGCUGUCGGAAUCGAAAACGCGAAUGAGACUGAGCUGAUGGGGAUGGCGUCUGAACCCAGCAGUCGGCAUGUUUUUAUUGAGAGCAGUUUCGCCAGGCUGAAGUCCCUGCAGCAGAGCCUGCAGAAAAUCCUUUGCAGCAACAUCAUUCGCAAAGCGAUCACUGAGGGCUCGAGCAGAAGAGACAUCAAAGAAGCCUGUGUACAAAAGGAAGAGGCAGACAUUUUCAUCCUGAUGGACGACUCAGGAAGCAUUGAAACGGACGACUUUAUUGAGAUGCAGAAAUUCAUCAUCAACUUCAUUCGCAGUUUUGAAAUUGGGCCUCAAAAAGUCCGUAUGGGCCUUGUGAAAUAUGCGGAACAAUCAUCUUUGGAAUAUGACCUUACAGAACACUCUGAUGUCGCUCAGCUGGAGGGAGCUGUACGGAAAAUUCAUCACGCUGGUGGUGGCACAAAGAUAGGAGCUGCACUUUUAACCAUGGGACCCCACUUCGAGAGAGCAGAGAGAACUCGUGGUCACAAAGUCCAAGAAUAUCUGAUUGUGAUCACUGAUGGGAAUUCCACUGAUGAGGUCAAAGGUCCUGCAGAUGAGUUAAGGACGCAGGAUGUCAUUAUCUACUCCAUCGGUGUGGGAAAUAUAGUCCUAAGUGAGCUGCAUGAGAUCGCUGGAGGCCCUGAGAAGACUUUCCUUGUCAACAGCUUUGAUGCUCUGAGUCCCAUCAAGGAUGACAUCGUCACAGACAUCUGCUCUCCAGAUGCUUGUAAAGAUGUCGUAGGGGACAUCCUCUUCUUAAUGGACAGCUCUGAGAGCAUAAAUGAAGAAGAGUACAAGAAAAUGAAAGACUUCAUGAAGUCUGUCAUCAGCAGGUCCUCUGUUGGUCAGAGUCAGGUGCAUGUUGGUGUCAUGCAGUUUAGCACCAACCAUAAACUGGAGUUUGCCCUCAACAGGUACUACAGUAAAGAGGAAAUGUGGAACGCCAUCGAUGCCAUGAAGCAGAUAAGUAAAGGCAGGAACACAGGGAAUGCCAUCACAGAACUGUCCAAGUAUUUUGAUGCAGACAGAGGAGGGCGUCCGUCCUUGAAGCAGAGGCUUAUUGUGAUAACAGACGGAGAUUCCUUUGAUAACGUGAAAGCGCCUGCUGCAGCUCUGAGGGACAAGGGUGUGGAAGUAUUCGCCAUCGGAGCGAUAUUUGCCAGGAACUCUCACCUGCUGGAGAUCAGCGGCGUCACAGAGAGGGUGUAUUCCAUGAGGAACUACGAUGCCCUGAAAGACCUUGAAGGUCCUAUUUCCCUUAAGAUCUGCGAUCCAGUAGGAGAUUGCAAGAAAACAGCAAAAGCUGACAUUAUCUUCCUGGUUGACGGGUCUGGAAGCAUAUAUUACAAAGACUUUGAAAAAAUGCAGGAUUUUAUGGGGGCAAUAGUAAACAAAACAGGGGUUGGUAAAGACCUGACUCAAUUUGGAGUCAUUGUCUACUCAGAUGAUCCAGAGCUGGCUUUUAGUCUGAAAGACUAUGACUCCAAACGAGAGGUUCUUGGAGCGAUAGCUAAUGUGAGUCAUCCAAAGCGAAAUACCUUUACGAGCAAGGCCUUGAGUUUCUCGGUUCAGUACUUUGGCGAUGAACAUGGCGGCAGGAGAGCACUCAAAGUGCCUCAGAUCCUUAUGGUGAUCACAGACGGGAAAGCAGAUGACCACUCCGAACUGAAGAACACAUCUGAUGCCCUGCGAAACAUAGGGGUCACUGUCCUCAGUGUUGGAAUACAAGACGCAACCGAGGAAGAGCUGCUGAUCAUUGCUGGUGGGGAUAAAUCCAAAGCUUUCUACGUGGAAGAUUUUGAUUUAUUAGAACCUCUGCUGAAGAAUAUAACUUCUGUCAUCUGCAAGCCAGAGUGUGAGAAAAAGAAGGCAGACCUGGUCUUUCUACUUGAUCAGUCCACUAGCGUUGGGGAACGAAAUUACAAAACCAUGAUAAACUUUACGGUGGACGUAAUCAACAGCUUUGAAGUUAGUGACGAGGCUGUGCAUAUUGGACUUGCAAAGUUUAACCAAACACCUGAAGAUGGAUUUUACCUGGACCGGUACUCCAAGAAGGAGGAUAUGAUCACAGAAAUCAAGAGAAUGAAAUACGAAACAGGAAACACCUACAUCGGAAAGGCCUUGUACCACAUCAAGCAAUACUUUGAGCCGUCACGAGGCUGCCGCAGUGGGAUCUCUAAGAGGCUGGUUUUAAUAACUGAUGGUGAAUCUCAGGAUGUCGUGACGGAUGCAGCCAAACAGCUCAGGAAUUUUGGGGUUGAUGUGAUUGCCAUCGGCAUUGGAAGUGUCCAGCAGGUGCAGCUCAUUGAUAUCACUGGUAACCCUGAGAGGGUGCUCAAUGCACAAAAUUUUGACAGCUUACCUGGUAUCAAGAAGAAGUUGGUUGACACCAUCUGUGACCCGCCUGACACUAAACCGGACUGCAACAUUGAUGUCGUCGUCGGGUUCGAUAUUUCCCAAAGAAGCCAAGCACCUGGGGAGAUUCUGGUCAGCGGCCAUACCCAGCUCCAGACCUUCCUGCCUGGGAUUGUUCGUUCCCUUUCAUCGAUACAAGGCGUGUGCUGCAUGGGCAACACACCAAUCAAGACCAGGAUCGCCUUCCAAGUGGUUGGCAGGAAUAGGCGUUCACUGUACGACACAAACUUUGAAGAGUACAGCGGGGACACGGUGACGAAAGUCAUGAACUUCAAUUUGGAAGAGCCCACUUACUUUACCUCUGACAUGCUGGACUCCUUCAAGAAUAGGUUCAAGGCCGAGGCCAAGGCUGGAGUCAAGGUGUUGGUGAUCUUUUCAGACGGGCUUGAUGAGAAUGUGAUGAAACUGAAUCAGAAAUCAGAAGAGCUGAGAAAAGAGGGGGUCAGUGCUUUGCUGGUGGUAGCUCUGGAGGGGGCAAAUGAUCCCCACGACCACGUGCAGAUGGUGGAGUUUGGCCGAGGAUAUGAUUACAAGCUUCCUCUCAGCAUCGGCAUGCAGCGUGUCAGCAGCAUCAUCCUUAAACAGAUUGACACAGUGUUAAAUAGGGAAUGCUGUGAUACGUGCAAAUGUUCUGGGCAUGAAGGCACAUGGGGCCCUCGAGGUGGACUAGGGACAAAGGGUCGUUCAGGCCAGAAGGGUCACGCAGGUUUUCCAGGAGAGCAGGGAGUCGCUGGUGGGAGAGGGCCUCCUGGACCAGGGGGACCUCGAGGCAUCCGGGGCUGUCCUGGACCCAGAGGACAGAAGGGCUUCAGAGCAAUGUCAGGGAACAGGGGCGAGAGAGGAGAAGACGGUCUGAACGGAGUCAACGGAGAGCAGGGACAGACGGGACUCGAUGGAGCUCGAGGAGAAAGAGGAAACCCAGGAAACCCAGGUAUCCCAGGUAUCAGGGGGGAGGUGGGGCUUGAAGGAGAUCGAGGACUGAGAGGAGAUCCGGGUGAAACGGGUGCUGAUAACACCACUCCAGGACCAAAUGGGGACCCAGGGGACCCCGGUUUCCCGGGAGAACCUGGAGCAGACGGGAAGCCAGGUAGGGCAGGAGACGUUGGAAAUCCGGGUCUGAAAGGAAGACCAGGACCCCCUGGUGGGAAUGGUAAACCUGGACUGCCAGGGGCUCAAGGACCUCCAGGCAUCCCGGGUGCUUCUGGUCCUCAGGGAUCCUUGGGGGGGAAUGGUGAUCCUGGACCAAUAGGACUUCCUGGCUUUCCUGGACCUCAGGGUGAACCAGGACCAGGUGGUGAUCCAGGAUUGGGCGGGAGUAGAGGUGUUACUGGACAGAAGGGCCAGCCUGGAGACCCGGGUGAGAAUGGUGCUCCUGGAUUACGGGGACCUCUAGGAACGCCGGGUCAGGAUGGGAGAGACGGGUAUGGAUCUCCAGGUCCUAAAGGUGCCAAGGGGGAUUCUGGUUUUCCUGGUUACCCUGGACUUCGUGGUGAAUACGGUCUGAAAGGAACUGAAGGAUACCCAGGACCUAAAGGGAACCAGGGGCGAGGGGGGAACUCAGGCGGGUCAGGAGAACCAGGCAGGACCGGAGAGAUCGGAUAUCCAGGACACAGGGGUCUCAGAGGUCCUCCUGGAGUCAGAAGCUUGUCUGAGUGCCAGCUGAUCACCUACAUCAGAGAUAACUGUGCGUGUUCCGGAGGUUGCUUUGAUUGCCCGGCCUACCCCACCGAGCUGGUGUUCGGUCUGGACAUGUCUGCGGACGUGACCCCGGCGGCCUUCGAGAGGCAGCGCUCCGCCCUCCUCUCCCUGCUGGAGGACGUCACCGUCGCCGAGAGCAACUGUCCGACCGGCGCCCGCGUGGCCGUGGUGGGAUACAGCGCCUACACCAGGUACCUGAUCCGUUUCCACGACUACCGCAGCAAGUCACAGCUGAUCGAGUCCGUGAAGAACAUCGCCCUGGAGAGGACGUCCAACAGCCGCCAGCUGGGCGCCGCCAUGCGCUUCGUGGGUCAGAACGUCUUCAAACGGGUCAGAGCAGGGACGAUGGCGAGGAAGGUGGCGGUCUUUUUCUCCGCCGGGCCGACACAGGACGCCUCAGACGUGGUGACCGCCAUGAUGGAGUACCAAGGCCUCAACAUCGUCCCGGCUGUCGUCUCUCUGAGGAACGCUCCGGCAGUUCGUCAGGCGAUGGAGGUGGACGACACGAGGAGAGCCAUCUUCACGGUGCUGGGGAGGGACAUGUCUGCUGACCUGAACACGGUGAAGGACUGUGCCAUCUGUUACGACCCCUGUAAGCGCUCAGACCAGUGCUCCUUCAUCCAGGAUCCGGCGCCGCCUCAGGAGGCCGAUGUGGACCUGGUCUUGGUGAUGGACGGCUCCAGGGAGGUGAAGGCUGACGAGUACGCCGGCGCCCAGCAGCUGCUGGGUUCUGUGGUGCAGCAGCUGGCUGUGAGCCCUAAGCCCGGCAGACCCGGGAACCGGGCCCGGGUGGCUUUGGUCCAGCAGGGCAGCACCCAGGCUCUCAAGGAGGAGUUUGGUCUGCAGACCUACCAGAGCCAGGACCUGAUGAAGAGGCACCUGAUCCAGAACCUGCAGCAGCAGGGCGGCUCCUCGGCUCUGGGACGGACGCUGGAGUUCGCCCUGAGGGAGGUGCUCCUGAAGGCCGGCCAGGCCCGGAAGAAGAGGGCGCUGCUGACCGUGGUGGGCACCCAGACGGCUCUCCGGGACCGGCUCAAGCUGCAGUACGUCUCCCAGAAGGCCAAGUGCGAGGGGGUGGCGCUGUUUGUGGUGACGGUGGGCGAGCGCUACAGCCGGACUCAGGCGGAGGAGCUGGCCGGUCUGCCCUUACAUCAGCACCUGAUCCACGUCAGCAGACUGAACGCUGAGGAGCAGGGCUACUGCCAGCGCUUCUUCAGAGUCUUCCUCUCCGCCCUCGACAAGGGAGUCAACACGUAUCCUCCUCCUUCACUGAGACAGACGUGUCAGCAGCUCAGAGAGCCGGGGGAAGGAUUCCUCGACGGGUUUGUAAAGAUUCCGGAGUCUGGAGACUGGGAGAUUAUGGGAGAUGAAGCUCAAAUAGGAGGAGAGACUCUGAUUAGACACCUGAAUGCCUCCAACGACCUGACCCGGGAACAGGACAGCCCGAGUCCAGCCUCUGGAGCUGAGGACAAAGACGUCUGCCUCCUCAGCCAGGAGAGCGGUACCUGCCAAGACUAUGUCCUGAGGUGGUCUUUCAGCAGAAAACUGGGUCAGUGCGCCCCCUUCUGGUACGGAGGCUGCGGAGGCAACGAGAACCGCUUUGAGACGCAGAAGGAUUGCAAGGAUCUCUGUGUGACAUGAAGAGGAGGCGGCGGGCGGAGGGACGUCUUCACCUCCAGUCUGAGACAUUCAAACGUCGGCUGGGACCACGGGCCGGAGAGUUCAAACACCUGAAACCCUCUGAAACACGCCUCCGUCAUGAGAAGUAACACUGAUCACACAUACUGAGCUUCAUCCUGUUAGAUACGAUCCCAUUACUCCACAGGAUUCCCCACUGAAGCUUGUUUUUAUCUUGUUUUUAACAUCUCUGCUGAUGACUCUGAUUUGAUUUGGUGCUAAAUCCACUUUUUACUUCCUGAAUGUUCACGAACAUUUCACAAAGAAGUUCUCUCAGGAUGUUUUUCUACUCAGAGGAGAUCAGCUGAUGGAUUUCCAGAAGUCCCAAAAUAUGGAAAAAGUACAUUAAAACAGGUCGCAUGAUUUAAUCCUGAUUUACCAACAUUUCUGCAACAACACGUCAUCGUUUAACUUCAUACACAUUUUUAAAUAAACAGUUUAAACUCAAA